AUUGCCAGGUAACUGGGGAUGUGGAGUUUAGACGAAAUACUAACACUGACUGUCUGGUAAACUCUCCCUGCUGUCCCAUCAAGAUGUGGUCUUUUUUUAGUGAACUACUUCCUUGUCUUGCCUCUGCAUGUUUUUUCUAGCCUCACUCCCUACCUCCCAACCCCCAUACUUUGUCCAAAUCUUCAUUAGAGUAUUGUCAACUCGGGUAGACCAUUAACUCCCUAAGGACGGCUACUGAGCACUGGAAGGGACAAAGGGAUUGGCAUUAGGAACAAUUCCAUGUGUGUAUGAGUUGAGGGGAUUUUCUUCUGUUCUUGGUUUAUUUUUUGACAGAGUCUUAUAGGGAGCUCUGACUAGCCCACAGCUUACCACGUCAACCAGGCUGCCUUUGAGCUCACAGAGAUCUGCCUUGCUCAGCCUCCUGAGUGCUGGAACUAAAGGCGUGUACUGCAUGCCUGGCUAAGGAGAGGUUUAACAGAAAUUACUGAGUCACUCGUGGCCUUGUGCCAUGCAGACAGGCCCAGGAAGCCACAUGGUAAGCUAGUGAAACCUAAGUUUACAGUCUUCCCUUGCCUUCCUGGAGGAAACUGGAGUAAACGGCAUUUUUACAGUGUAGACAGAAGCAGCUACUAUGCGAUUUUAUCAUGUGGGCAUCCUGCUGCAACUGGUUCUGCUUGGAUGGACAGCCUGAGGAGGCACCACCACCACAGGGAGCCAGGACACAAGCCUAUUCCAACCCUGGGUACAGCUCCUUCCCUUCCCCCACAGGCUCGGAACCUAGCUGCAAGGCCUGUGGGGUCCAUUUCGCAAGCACAACCCGGAAGCAGACCUGCUUGGACUGUAAGAAAAACUUCUGCAUGACUUGUUCAAGCCAAGAGGGGAAUGGGCCACGCCUCUGCCUUCUCUGCCUACGGUUCCGUGCCACGGCCUUUCAGCGGGAAGAGCUCAUGAAGAUGAAGGUGAAGGACCUGAGGGACUAUCUCAACCUCCAUGACAUCUCUACCGAAAUGUGCCGGGAGAAAGAAGAGCUGGUGUUUCUGGUGCUUGGCCAGCAGCCUGUAAUUUCUGAGGCAGACAGGACUCGUGCUCCCACCUUGCCCCAGGCCUUUCCUGAGCAGCAGGCCUUCCUGACCCAGCCUCAAACCAGCACAGUACCUCCUACCUCACCUGGCCUCCCUUCUUCACCUGCACAAGUCACCUCUGUUCCCUUAGCCCAGGAUCAGGAAACUCCACAGUCCAUUGACUCAGAGGACAGCUUUGUCCCAGGCCGGAGGGCCUCACUGUCUGACCUGACCCACCUGGAGGACAUUGAAGGCCUGACUGUGCGGCAGCUGAAGGAGAUCCUGGCUCGCAACUUCGUCAACUACAAGGGCUGCUGUGAGAAGUGGGAGCUGAUGGAGAGGGUAACUCGGCUGUACAAGGAUCAGAAAGGACUCCAGCACCUGGUGUCUGGUAAUGAAAACCAAAACGGGGGAGCAGUGCCUUCUGGCCUGGAGGAGAACCUGUGUAAGAUUUGCAUGGACUCACCCAUUGACUGUGUUCUGCUGGAGUGUGGCCACAUGGUGACCUGUACCAAGUGUGGCAAACGCAUGAACGAAUGUCCUAUCUGCCGGCAGUAUGUGAUCCGAGCAGUGCAUGUCUUCCGGUCCUGAGGGCUAGCAUUGGCUUCUUCAGUGCCUUACAGGACAUAGCCCAAGAUGUCUGGGCUCAGGGUUGGUCCGAUGCACAAGGGCAGUCUACUGUGAGAAACUGGCAGUGUUCUGAACUAGAACAAGUGGAGUUGCCUAGCAUGCCUGUUUUAGGUGGCAGAGCCCAAAAACCAGUGGAAACUGGUUCAGAUCACAUGGGUGAAUGCCUGCUUCUGUGAUCAUUGGGUGGUGAUGGUAAUCAAUGAAGAGGUCUUUCCAGAAUGUGGACCAGUCUUCCCGUCCUAAGAUCCUAAGACACAUUUCAUACAUCUGUAUACCACUCCUCCUCAGAAGUCCUGCUGGAAUUGUUAUCUUCCCCCACCCCACCCCCAGCACAUUUGGAUUUAAAUUUCUGGUCUCUCUGGCUUUCUGUGUGUUAACAAAUCUUUAAGUCUUCUCAUUUGCCUAAAACCCAUUUGUUUCUAUGGACCAAAAAAUGUUAAUCAGACCAAUAGUAUUCCUUAGGUCAGAAUUUGGAUCAGUAAACUGACUUCUAGUGAGAAACUAAGUCUUAAGUGAUAUAGAAAAAAGUUCUAGGUUGAGUCACUUCUGUUUAGUAUUGGGGUUAGAAAGGACCAGUCUCUGACCUGACUGCUGGAAAGUCCGUAAGAAAUGGUGUGGCUUCUCUUGGGUUUGACUUUGUGUCAUUCUUAACUUUAGAUUAUGAGGAAAGAGAAAUCGAGGCAGUAGCUUUAUCAUUUUGGCUUCUGGGCCUCAUUUUCCAGCAGGCUAAAACUCUUAAAAAACCACUUUAAUUAUAUUUUCUCUUCCCUGGGUUUUAAACUUGCUUAUUGAAGGUAUAGAAACGUCACCAAAGAGCUCUGCUCUCCUCUAGCCUGGCUGCUCAUGGAAUUCUUGGAGAGCAGACAUAUAGGGCAGUGUAUGAGGCACUGGAAGGUGUUCAGUUUGUUGGACUGUGCCUAUGGCUGCUGAAAAGUCUUAAUUGCACCCUCAACUGCUUGGGCAGGUCAGGACGAAGCAUUCUUUAAUUCAUGAUUCCAGCCCUCGUGGGGUCUCUACACCACUGAGGCAACUGAAGGGUUUGAGUAACGUUUGCUAUAACAGCUCAUCAAAGCACAAAACACAUAGUGAUAGUGUGUUCUUCUGUGGGAUGAACCCGCAACUUGGCUAACACUGUGUAGCUAUCUGAGACUGAAAGUACCAACCACUCAUGAAUCUGCAAAGUAGAGGGAAACCUCUUAGGAGGCUAUUAGAAAUGCUUAGCUUCUCCACUGAAUUCCUGAGGAUCAAGUAGUUCCAUGAAGCUGUUGUCAGAGAUGCCAGGCCCACUUACCUCUGCAUUCUAAGUCCAGAUGACCAGAUUUUGGGUCAAAGCUUUUGUGGGUGUCAGGGAUUCAGAUCCCUCCACAAAGACUACCUUGCCCUCCCUCCCUGAAAAGUGAGUACUGUAGUUUACAAUGUCUCCAGUUUAGUACGGCCCACUGAUUUUGCUGCUCCUGAACUCCACUGUGAAACAGGUCUGAUCUUGCAGCUCAGUUAAGACCUAACAGUAACUUUAAAGCCAGCUCUCCCUUAUGACUGCUUUCUCUUCUGAGGCCUUACCUUCCUACCUCCUAUACAGGAACAGAAAAUACACUGAUGGCUGUGGCUAGCAACCCAAGUAACAACCAGAACCCAUGUCAUUUAUUUUGGAGAUCUUACCUUUAAAUCUCUACCUUUGGUGUUUUUACUUGAGGGGGAAAAAACCAAAACAUGUCAAACAACUUUUUUAUUGUUAAACCAAAUGAAAGCUGGAACCCAUUCCAGUUAACAUCUCAGGUAGAAAACCUGAUUUUUUUUUUUUUUUAAAUACCUGAGCCCCUUUUCUGUUCACGGAUCCUUGGUCUUAAUUAAUGUUGAAACACCUAAUCCUUCCAAUUAUUCUGUGGAUUUUGCUGAUUGCACCAAGAUUUCAGUUGAGACUUACGUUUCAAAGACACUGACUGCUUCAUAGGUUGGAAUAGCCAGUUCUAAACUAAUGAGCUGUAAAGGAAUUAAUAGUUUUUGUUGUACAAAUUUGUUGAGAUCUCUUGGAUGUAAAUGUGUAGCUCCAAGUGGCUUACAUUAAGAUUUUUCUCACCUGGGUGUUAAAAAGCAUACCCAAAUGUGUAUUUUUUGUUACAGAGCUCUGCUUUAUAAUUUUGUAAUAAAGUUUAAAUA